GACCAUACCUCGUCUACCUCAUCUUUUGAGCUGGCUUCCAUGUGGCUGCGAGACUGUGUUCAAUCACACCCGCAAUGCAAUUCUCACAAAGAUGGCACACUAUGGUAUCCCACGCGUCUUUUGCAUCUAGUUGAGUCUGGUGGAAAGGAGGGCUAUGUGCGGCUCAUACGCACAGCGGAGACGUCACCCAACGAACAUUACGCUACUCUGAGUCACCGCUGGGGCAAUACAAGACCUCUUCAACUUACAAAGUCAGCGGCGUCCGAUCCAAAUCACCGCUUUUUGGUGGCUGAUAUGCCCAAAACGUUCCAGGAGGCCAUCCAAGUAUCCAAAAGACUUGGGAUUCAAUACCUGUGGGUAGAUUCCUUAUGCAUCAUUCAAGAGGGAGACAAUCUUCGCGAUUGGUAUCAGGAAGCAGGUCUAAUGGACAAGGUAUACAUGCAUUCCUACCUCAACAUUGCUGCAGCAGAUGCAGAAGACGGCACAAAAGGACUGUUCCGACAACGUCCUCCAUUACCUCUAGGUCGUCAGCGUGUUGCAGUCAAUACAAAAGAUAUAAAGCCAUGGCCAGAUUGCGCUAACUAUUUUCUAAUGACGGACUUUAUGCUCUGGUCACACAGCCUGGACAACUCUCCUCUUCAUAACCGUGGCUGGGUUUUUCAAGAACGCUUCCUGGCCCCGCGCAAUCUUCAUUUCUUCCGUGAUCAGCUUUUCUUCGAAUGCAACGAACGCAUCGUAUGCGAGACAUUCCCCAAAGAGCUCCCUAAUCUUAGUACGCAUCUUACGGCUGUUUCCCUAAAGACCAAGCUUUGGACACAAGCAGACCUUUCUGUGUUACCCGAUAGAUAUAGGGAGGACUUGAGAAACUUUUGGUAUAGUGAGGUUGUUUCACUAUAUUCUCCUAUGGACUUGUCUGUUUCAACAGAUAAGUUGAUAGCCCUUUCUGGUAUAGCCAAGAUCUUUAUGGCUCGUCUUGAAGAUACAUACGUAGCGGGUAUGUGGCGUAGUCAGUUGGAAGACUCGCUACUGUGGCAUGUUGAACUUCAGAACUUAUGGCCUCGUCCAUUAGUUUAUCGAUCACCAACUUGGUCUUGGGUGUCAGUGGAUGGACGCAUACGGCCAAACCUGUAUUGGACGGAUCGACGACUACUCAUACAUGUGGAGGAUGUUGUACUAUCCUAUGCAGCCGAGGAUACUACGGGCGCAAUCACCGGAGGUUGGGUAGACCUACGCGGGAUUCUCAAACCAGUGAGGUUAUGUAAA